UACAAGAAUUGCCUGAAAAUUAUGAUUCUUUACUUUUCAACUUUGAAGGGUUCUCUAUCUCUCUGUGGAAGACUCAAAUCUGUCGGGUUGUUUGUUGACUGAAUCUGGUCUUUAAGUUUUUGGGAUUAAUUUAUAGUAUCUGUGUUGUAUUGAAUUGUUGUAGAGACUGGGAGAGCUAGAAAAUGUCAAGUUCUGCGGACGAAGAUCAAGAACAGAGGAAAACAUCUAGCAUGGAAGAAUCAGAUUCGAUGACAAUUGAAUUUCUCCGAGCUAGGUUGUUGUCUGAAAGAUCUGUCUCAAAAUCAGCCAGGCAAAGAGCUGACGACCUGGCCAAGAGGGUAGAAGCACUUGAAGAACAGCUAAAGUUUGUAUCUCUCCAGAGAGAGAAAGCUGAAAAGGCAACAGUGGAUGUUCUCGCAAUUCUCGAAGAACGUGGAAUAAGUGAUGUAUCCGAGGAAUUUGAUUCAAGUUCUGAGCAGGAUGAAAGCCCACAUGACUUUAAGGCUCGCAAUGGUUCAUUGAUGAUAAAAGAACCUUCAACGAACACAGAACUAAGAAAAAAUGAAGUGGAGGCAGCAUAUUCCAGUUCUGAAAUUGAAUCAUCGCCAUCAACUGGUAGAAGCUUGUCCUGGAGAAGUACUAAAGAUUCUCAACAUUCCCUUGAGAAGAAGAAAAACAUGGACUCUAUUAGAAGAAGAGCUAGUUUUACAUCAAAUAGUUCUUCAGCAAGACGGGCUGGUAAAUCAUGUCGCAAGAUAAGGAUCAGGGACAGAUCAAUUGAAGAGUUACAGAAGGAUGGAGCUGAGAAACCCACAUGUUCAAGCGAUGUUUACAACUCCUUUGAUGGUGAGCCGGUCGCACCAAGAGGAAGUUCUGGAUAUGCUAAUGGGAAAAACCCACUGGAAAGCUCCAUAGGUGGGUCUAAUAGUGAACCCCAAAAAGUUUACGAGCAUUGUUUUAGUGGACAUGAGAGAAAUGAAGAUAUGGAAAGUGCGCUGCAACAUCAGGCACAACUCAUUGGUAGAUACGAAGAGGAGGAGAAGGCCCAGAGGGAAUGGGAGGAGAAAUUCAGAGAGAAUAACAGUGGCACACAGGAUUCAUGUGAUCCCGGUAAUCAUUCAGACGUGACGGAAGAACGAUACGAGGUAAAGUCGCCUGGACCAUCCUUUGCUACUGGGACGUUGAAUUCAGAUAAUCAAGAAAUGAAGGAAGAGCCAGCUGAUGCUCAUUUUAGUGAACCCCAGACUUCCAAGAGUUCGUCAUCUCUCGCAGAUGCCGGCAAGGGAAGCCUGCAGGAUGGGAAAUGCAACAGCAACAUAAGUGCUUGUGAAUCUUCGGCAUUGGAAUGUUCAUUUCCCAUGUCAAAUGAGAGCAGUGAUCAAGGGCUUUCAGGAAAACAGCAUGAGGCUUCAGCAAAUAUAUCUUCUUCUCAUGUGGGAAAAAACACGCCACUGCAUGCGUCUUCAAGGAGCUCUUCGUCCAGUGAGCUUCCAAUCGUGCCUCAAGAAACUUCAAAGAAUGUAGCGUCUGUCUUGGAUGCACUUCAGCUAGCCAAACUUUCGCUGAAUCAGAAACUCACUAGCUUCGCUCCUGUAGCCAGAGGAGCUUCUGGCAAUGCUAUUAAACCCUUCAACCAGGAAAUAAACAAUGUGCACAGCUUCAGAGUUCCCGUUAGUUCUCCUGGCCUUUUCAGAUUGCCAACUGAUUAUCAAUAUGAAGCAAAUGCUAGAGCCAAUCUUGGCAUUGGCGGACGAUCAACUUUUGCUAAUUUUCUGCCAGAAAUCGCUCCCGGCAGACUCCUUUCCGAACCUUUUGUUGAAUCUCAAAGUCUAUUCCCAGGCGACCCAUUUCUCACUGCUCCCCAUAGACCCUUCACUCCUGAAAUCAGGUCGGAAAUUCCUCCUCAGAGGUCUCUCAGUCUCAGCCAGCAUAGACUAAGUCAAGGUCCAUCCUCUUACCAUCUAGACCAUUUCACAAGCCCGGUUCUUCCACCAGUUAAAGAUACUUACCCAUUUCUCCCAGAUAUUACGCUUCGUGUACCCUUGAACGAAGAAGGAACUUCGAGAGCCUUUCCACGUCCAGAAAGCAGGUUACCUCCAGGUACACGAUUGUCUUCCUACGAUCAACAUGUUAGACCAAAUAUGUACAACAGGUAGCCCACCUGCUGCGACGAACGCCGCAUCUUUUUGCAGGCACAGUUCUCUUAUACAUCCUUUUCCAUCUUUUUUCUUCUUUUUGACCCAGAAUAUACAUCUGGACAUGUUGAGCAGGACGAAUUAAUACAUUGGCUGUUUCUUGUUGUGGAUAUGUUGUGUUUGUACAAUACAAUAGGGUUGUGCUGCUGUCAAAUUUUGACAAUACUGUAUGUUUAUUUAGUCAUUCUGGGAUCAGGAUCAGUACAUGAUGUUAUUAAUUAUUACAUAUGUACCUUUGCAGCAACAGAACAGUUCAAAUAGUUUCUGUUUUGUAUGAUAUCCAGAAACAAGGUUAAUUUCUUACUAGAAUUGAAGUGUGAUUCAUGUUCUUAAGCA